CAGGCCCUGCCCUGAAGGGGCGAAGCGGCUCCGGGGAGCGCGGGAGGUGGAGCCGGCCCCGGCGGCCGCCCCGCGUCUCUCCCCAGCGCCACCUCCCCGGACCCAGCCCGAGGCAGACCCAGGCCCCAUCCCAUGCGGGGCGCCCCCGGCUCGGAAGAGUCCGGGGGGCAGGGAGCAGCUCCAGGCAGCAGUGUCCAAGGGAGAGGAAGAAGAAACGGUGCUCAGCUCGGGCGGCCGGGACCCUCCCCGCCGCCUUCAGAGGCGGGGGCUGCCCCGAAGUCUGCGUUUGGCACCGCCGCUCGAACUCGGGCAGCGCCUGCUGGGACCCCGACCCGGAACCCCUGCGCCUCGUAGGCGGCGGCGCAGCCGAGCCACACGGCUCUUCCGCGGUCUCCCUCUGCCCAGCGGCAGUCACGGCCAAGGAAGUAUUAUGAGGGAGGCUGAGGACGCCACGCUCGGGGCAGAGACACGGCGCUGGGAUUAGGGACUGCCACUUCUGAGAGGAUGCUGGGGGUCUGCAGAGGGAGACGGAAAUUCCUGGCUGCUUCGCUGACUCUUCUCUGCAUCCCAGCCAUCACCUGGCUUUACCUGUUUGCCGGGAGCUUUGAAGAUGGGAAGCCGGUGUCUCUGUCCCCGCUGGAGGCCCAGCCGCACAGCCCCCGGUACACUGCGUCCAGCCAGCGGGAGCGCGAGAGCCUGGAGGUGCGCGUGCGCGAGGUGGAGGAGGAGAACCGUGCCCUCCGCCGGCAGCUCAGCUUGGCCCAGGGCCGCAGCCCGUCCCACCGGCGUGGCAACCACUCUAAGACCUACUCCAUGGAGGAGGGCACCGGCGACAGUGAGAAUCUUCGCGCCGGCAUCGUGGCGGGCAACAGCUCCGAGUGCGGGCAGCAGCCGGUCGUGGAGAAGUGCGAGACAAUCCACGUUGCUAUCGUCUGUGCCGGAUACAACGCCAGCCGGGACGUAGUCACCUUGGUGAAGUCUGUCCUGUUUCACAGGCGGAACCCCCUGCAUUUCCACCUCAUCGCCGACUCCAUCGCCGAGCAGAUCCUGGCAACACUCUUCCAGACCUGGAUGGUACCUGCGGUGCGUGUAGACUUCUACAACGCUGAUGAGCUCAAGUCUGAAGUUUCCUGGAUCCCCAACAAACACUACUCUGGGAUUUAUGGUCUGAUGAAGCUUGUCCUCACCAAGACUCUUCCCGCCAACCUGGAGAGGGUCAUCGUCCUUGACACAGACAUCACGUUUGCAACAGACAUUGCCGAGCUCUGGGCUGUGUUCCACAAGUUCAAAGGUCAGCAGGUCCUGGGCCUGGUAGAGAACCAGAGUGAUUGGUACCUUGGAAACCUGUGGAAAAAUCACCGUCCUUGGCCUGCCCUUGGAAGAGGCUACAACACAGGGGUGAUCCUGCUGCUUCUAGAUAAGCUGCGGAAGAUGAAGUGGGAGCAGAUGUGGAGGCUGACCGCAGAGAGGGAGCUGAUGGGCAUGCUCUCUACGUCCUUAGCUGACCAGGACAUUUUCAACGCUGUCAUCAAACAAAACCCCUUCCUCGUGUAUCAGCUGCCCUGCUUCUGGAACGUUCAGCUGUCGGACCACACCCGCUCCGAGCAGUGCUACAGAGACGUAUCUGAUCUAAAGGUCAUUCACUGGAACUCCCCCAAGAAGCUGCGGGUGAAGAACAAGCACGUAGAGUUUUUCCGUAACCUCUACCUGACCUUCCUGGAGUACGAUGGGAACCUCCUGCGACGGGAGCUGUUCGGCUGCCCCAGUGAGGCUGACGUCAACAGUGAAAACCUCCAGAAGCAGCUCUCAGAACUGGACGAGGAUGACUUGUGUUAUGAGUUCCGGCGAGAGCGGUUCACCGUCCACCGAACCCACCUAUACUUCCUGCACUAUGAGUAUGAGCCCGCUUCAGACAACACAGACGUCACCCUGGUCGCUCAGCUCUCCAUGGACAGGCUCCAGAUGCUGGAGGCCAUCUGCAAGCACUGGGAGGGGCCUGUCAGCCUGGCGCUCUACCUGUCGGACGCCGAGGCCCAGCAGUUCCUCCGCUACGCACAGGGCUCCGAGGUGCUCAUGGGCCGCCACAACGUGGCCUACCACAUCGUGUACAAGGAGGGCCAGUUCUACCCCGUGAACCUGCUGCGCAACGUGGCCAUGAAGCACGUGGGCACGCCCUACAUGUUCCUGUCCGACAUCGACUUCCUGCCCAUGUACGGACUCUAUGAGUACCUCAGGAAGUCUGUCAUCCAGCUGGACCUCGCCAACACCAAGAAGGCCAUGAUCGUCCCCGCGUUCGAGACUCUGCGCUACCGGCUCUCCUUCCCCAAGUCGAAGGCAGAGCUGCUCUCGAUGCUAGACAUGGGGACCCUCUUCACGUUCAGAUAAAGGAAUCGAGGAGUGGCGUGAAGGACAUGGAAGCCUGGUGUGCUGCAGUCUAUGGGGUCACAAAGAGUCGGACACAACUUAGCAACUGAACAACAAACCAUGAGCUAGGCACUGGGAUCAGCUCAUCUAACCCUCACAACAAAUCCCUGAGGCAGAUAUGCAGUCCCCAUUUUACAGACAAAGAAACUUGAGGCUCUGAGAGGCUACAUAACUAGCCCAAGCCACACAGCCAGUACAUGACAGAGCCUGGAUUCAGCCCAGGUCUAAGAACCACAGAGCCUAGGCUCUUAACCAAAAUACCAUCAGACCACCAGUCAAGUCCUGAAUUUACUUACCAGCGUCUGAAAAUGCAGGCAAAAGUGGAGGCUUUGGACUCCAUAGCCUAGUGGCUGUGUGUGUGCUCACUCAGUGGUGCCUGACUCUGAGACCCCAUGGACUGUAGUCCUCCAGGUUCCUCUGUCCAUGGGAUUUUUCAGGCAAGAGCACAGAAGUGGGUUGCCAUUUCCUACUCCAGGUGGUCAUCCCAAAGGCUGAUCACCUGGCAAGUCUCCAAAGCAGCCUUCCUUCCAAAUCCCUAGGUGGUUUAAGAACUCAUUUCAAAGCCAAGUCCAAGGGCCUGAGAGCUGGGAGAGCUGGGGGUUGGCCUGCUGUGUCCGUGAUCGCUGCUCUGGCCAAGAGCUUGCAAGCCGGCAUGCGGAGUGCUGAAUUACAGACCUUCCCUCCGAGAACCUGCUUUGUCACCUUCCCUCCAAGUGAUGAACUCUUACACCUCCUAGCAGCUGAAAUCUACUCCCAACAGCACCUGAACUAAUAAAUCAUGCUCAGGUCUACCCGUCCUCCAGGACAGCAGUUCUGAGCAUGGUCCCUGGACCAGUAGCAUCAGCACCCCCUGGGAACUUGUUAGAAGCACCAAGUCUCAAGCCCCACCCCAGCCCUACUGGAUCAGAAACUCUGGGAGUGGAAUACAGCAGUCUGACAGUUAAGUAAUCCUCCAGGGGAUUCUGAUACGCACGCCAGCUGGAGAACCUCUGCUCAACGUGGAGUGUCCCGAGUUUCUUCUAAGCAGCAUCCCACAAGGUGGACCCAGGAAAUGUCUCUCAUCACUGUUUUUUUUUUUUUUUUUUUUUUUUUGAGGCUAAUUGUUGAUGGUCUCAGAAAGCAAGUUCUGGAGACCACUGUCUACUGGUGUGACAGUAGGUUUCUUAGGGCAUUUUCUGAAGCUUUUCUUUCUAGAAUUUUCUUUUUCUUGAGCCCCCAUCUGCUGCUUCACUGGCUGUCAGCCCGCAUCUCUCUUAGCAUCCAGAGACAUAUUCCUGCCCCACUAACUGGCUUCUGUCUUAGGUGCCUCUCAGGUUUUUAGAUUUCUCUUUCAUUCAUUCAACUUAGUGUAUAGCCCCCAUUGACUGCUUGUUCUAGAUACAGGCCAGAGAGUGUGGUGACACUGACAUACAGAAAGAGGUAACUCAGCAUAGUUAACUUAAACCUUAACCUGAUUAAAGGUCCUGUCCCUUGAACCAGGCUGCCUAGGUAUGAACCCCUGGUCUACCUAUUGCUAUUUGUAACUUGAUAUUGGGUAUAUUAUGAGAACUUACAAUUAUGGGUAGUACAAUAUAACCAGUUUAGAGUUAAGUGCUUGCUAGAGCUUAUUAUCAUUAUUAUUGUUGUUCAGUUGCUAAGUCAUGUCCAACUCUUCGUGACCUUAUGGACCAUAGGCUUCCAGGCUCCUCUGUCCAUGGGAUUCUCUAGGCAAGAAUACUGGAGUGUGGUGCCAUUUCCUCCUCCAGGGGAUCUUCCUGACCCAGGGAUUGAACCUGUAUCUCUUAUGUCUCCUGCAUUGGCAGGUGGGUUCUUCACCACUAGUGCCAUCCAUAGUUAUAUUCAUUUCUAUUGCUAUAUAACAAAUUACCACAAGUUUAGAAGCUCAAAACAAUACAAAUUGAGUAUCUCACAGUCAUUUUCUGAGGGUCAGAGGUCCAAGCAUGGAAUGACUGGAUUCUCUGCUUAUGGUUCUCAUUUGGCUGAAAUCAGUGUGGGCGAGGCUGCAGUUGUCUCUAGAGUGUGUGGUUCUUCUCCAGGCACACUGGUUGCUGACAGGAUUCCUUUCCUUGUGAUUGGAGGACUGAGGUCACCAUUUAUCCACAGGCUUUUUGCCACAUGACCCCCGUAGGCAGCUCACACAUGGCUUUUUGCUUUCUUCCAAACCCAGAUCUAAAGGUUCAUAUGAUUAGGUCAGGCCCACCCCAGUAGUCUCAAGUCAACUGAUUGGUAACCAUAAUUGUAUCUACAAAAAUCCUUUUUGCCAUAUAAUGUAACAUAAUUGCAAGAGUGAUAUCAUGCUCAUAGGUCCUGCCUCAAGAGGAAGGACACUAUACUAGGGCAGGGUCACCAAAAGUUAUCCCAGAUUUCUGCCUUCCACUUCCUGUUACAGACUAGCCUGCAGUUUCAUAUAAAUGACAGACAGCAAUCCAGAAAGUCAUGUACCUUUUCAUAGCGAUAGCCUCUUCAUUAGUGAAGGAUGUACUGGAUUGGCCAAAAAGUUCAUUCAUGGUUUUCCUUAAGAUGUUAUGGAAAUCCCUGAACACAGUUUUUGGCCAACCCAAGGGGCUUCCCCAGUGGUGCGGCAGUGAAGAAUCUGUGUGCAGUGCAGGAGACACAGGUUUGAUCUCUGCGUCGGGAAGAUUUGCUGGAGGAGGACAUGGCAACCCACUCCACCAUUCCUGCCUGGAAAAUCCCAGGGACAGGGGAGCCUGGCGGACUACAGUCUACGGGAGCUCAAAGAAUCAGACACAGCUGAGUACAUGAGCACAAGGGUAGGAAAAAAAAACUAGGAAUUCAGGAAAAAUACAUUUCAACAUUAACUACAUGAUCUUGGUCAAGCUGCUCAACCACUCUAAUGCUUAAAAAAUAUGCAAGAGGCUGUCUCUGUUGCUAUAGGGCUUCCCUGGUAGCUAAACUGGUAAAGAAUCCGCCUGCAAUGCAGGAGACCCUGAUUCGAUUCCUGGGUCAGGAAGAUCCCCUGGAGAACGGAUAGGCUACCCACUCCAGUAUUCUUGGGCUUCCCUGGUGGCUCAGUUAGGAAAGAAUCCACCUGCAAUGUAGGAGACCUGGGUUCAAUCCCUGGGUUGAGAAGAUCCCCUGGAGAAGGGAAUGGCUACCCACUCCAGUGUUCUGGCCUGGAGAAUUCUAUGGACUGUAUAGUCCAUGUGGUCGCAGAGAGUCGGACAUGUCGGAGCAACUUUUACUUUCAUUGUUAUAGCAAAGUACUACAAACUGAAUGGCUUAAAAUGACAGAAACUUUUCCUCACCAUUCUGCAAACCAGAAGUCCAAAAUCGAGGUGUUGUUGGUAAGUUCCUUGCUUCCUCCAAAGGCUCGAGGGCAGAUGUCUCUCUUGCCUCUUUCUAGCUUCUGGUGGUUGCCAGCAAUCCUUGGCAUUCCUUGGCUUGUAGGUGUCUCACUUUGUCUCUGCCCACAUCUUCACAUGGAGUUCCUCCUGCAUAUCUCUGUGUCCAAAAUUUCCUCCUCUUGUAAGAACUUUGGAUUAGAGACCACAACCAUCCACUGUGACCUCCUCUUAACUUGAUCACAUCUGCAAAGAUCUUCUCUCCAAAUAGGUUGCAUUCAUGGAUACUAGGGGUCAGGACUUGAAUAUAGCUUCUGCCGGGGCAGGAGGGAAGGAGAGGAAUGGAGACAAAAAUUCAACCUACAACAAGGACUAUAUCAGCAUAUACGUCUUCAUCCUCCAGACCAGCAUUUGGAAACCUCUGCUUCCUUCUCCUCCACCAAUGGCUUUUCUCCAU